AUGGAGACGAACGACUCGGCGGCGACGCAUUUGGCUGGCGAAAGGCUGGGUAAAUAUGAAUUAGAUUUGCAAAAAUCUGUACUUUUUGCUUUGAUAUAUUAAAAACAUAGAUCCGAAAUAGCCAAAUUUGGCAAUAUAAAAGCAAUUCGGUAGAUAUAAUCUGAUAAAAUGGGAGAGAAGUGUCUCAUAAAUUGUAAUGAAUUUGAAGAGAAAUAUCCGACUCUCGUUAGCCGGCUUCAACUCGCUUCACGAAACGCUCCAUCAGAUUAGCAGAUUCUGAAGACUCUAGGACAUUUGAACUCUAUUUAUUUCAUUCAGCGAACUGCGUGUUGUGUAAACCGCCGCCAAAACAGCCGUAAGCCGGUAUUGAAUUCUCGUUUGUAAGAAACCAUUUAGGGCCCUUCGCCAAAACCAACAAUGGACUGUUUCAAAUGUUAUUAACGGGUAACGCUGGUCAUCAAACAAUAGAUCUCUUUUGAGAAGCACUAGGGAGCACAUUUUUCUUUAGUUGCAUUCGUUUGCUUUAGGUUUUUACGUGAAACAAUGAUGAAUAGAAAAUAGUAAACCUUCGCGAAGGCUGCCAUGUUUUCUUUGAGAAAAUCAUGUUGCGAAAUUUUCAAAUUUUUAUUUUACCCCCACUCCUCCCCUAUACGGUUGGAGCAAACUACUUACGCAGGGCGGGGUAAGUAUUUCAAUAUUAUGCCACGCGUGACGUCCACGUCACGUCACGUCAUAUGAUAAUAUUAUAUUUGCAAGAAGAAAUGAUUUCUGGAAAAAAUAAAAAUGUUUAAUGGACCUAUUACCUAAUGAUCAAAAUUUUGAUCUACAAAAAUUUCAUCACAGCUUGAAAGAGCAUCACAAAAUUAGUAAUAUUCUGAAGUUUGGUUGCGAAAUGUUGUAAAAUGCAGAUAAUGCAGCCCAGCGAAGUUUGCCGUUUUUUAGUCGUUUUGUAUUAUGCACGGGAAAUUGAUACCGCUUUCUGAAAAAAGCCGCAAUCUGUCGCACAAUAGUGGUUAAUGAAACACACCAGUUGCUGUCACUGAAAUCACAUUUUUAACCCCUCAAAAUACCCCUAAUCUCUCUCCCCAAUUUUAUACACCCCUCUCCCAAUUUACCCCCAAAACUGAUUAACUCUCAAUUAUUCCUCCCCAAAUAUUUCCAACAAUUCCACCCCACUUUGCCCCCACCUAACUUUACUAAUAUAAUUUCUUUCCCCCUGUUUAUAUCAAUUAUCCCCCUCUUCCCAAUUAUACACCCCCCAAUUAUUUCCCUUCCCACUUGAUACCGGCAGAUACCCCUUCAAGUAUUUCCUAUUUUCCUCCAUCAGAACACCCUCACAAGAAGAGAAUAAAAUUGGACAGAUCUGGACUGGAGUUAAACGUAAGUUAAGUUAUCACAAAAUGAUCUUUUCACAACAAUGAAUUUCUUCAUCAUACAGUUGAGAAUUACAAUUUUGACUUGUUUUAUUUAGCUUUCAAAGCCAAAUACAGUGAGGUAUGUUUCAUUGAUUCAUUUCCAAAAACACAACGGGGAAAAACGCAAUACGUUGUAUGGAAAAUAAUAUUGAUAUUAUUCCUUUAGUAAUGGUGUAAAAAUUGAGAUGAAAUCUCCCAAGAAAGAUGAGAAACAUCGGGGUGAAAUUAACAAUGUCAAAGCUUCUUCGGAGUCACAUCAAAAAGUAAGUCACGUUAGUUUUGGUUUUGUGACGUUGGUUAAAGAGAGUUUGCAGCCAUUGCAAGCUCUAGAUUAUAACAAAAUAAAGGUUUUUGAAACCAUGAGUGUUCCAACUAUGUUUUAACUUAAAUAGAAUACAUGAUAGUGUUGGGAAAGCAUUAAGAACAGCUAACCAUGAUCGCGUGACUGUCUUGACUCUUAGUGACUGGGAAUGUUUCAAUUUGGAAAUUGAAGAAUCUGGAACUUAGAAAUUCCGGAAAAAAUCUCAUUGUAUGAUGACUGAUUUUGAAAGUCUUGUUUAUGUAGCAUUUAUUGAAACGUCCUGCUGUUGAGAGUGAUGAUGAUGAUGUUCCGUUGGUAAUUAUUCACUUCCUAUCUUAAUACGCCCAAAGGCCCAGACACAUCAGACUCGAUUCCGGACAACGCGACGCGAUUUUUCGAUUUUCACUGACGGAUAACUUUGAUCCUGGUCUAAGUUUUCUAAAUAUUUAGAAGCGCUAGAACAUUUUGAGUUAUUUGGUCCACAUAUCUUUUAAAUUUCUUUUCAUUGGCUGUUUUAUUAACUUUCAAAAACUGAAAAAUCGCGCCGCGUUGUCGAAUCGCGUAUUUAAAACACGAGCAUGCAGGAGUGUUUUUAUCAGAUAUAAAACACGAGGUGUCUAAAUGUGAUAUAGCACAGACUACAAGUGUUUUAAAUGGCUUAAAAAACGACCCAUCUUAUGAGUUCAUUGGCGAAGUAAUUUUAAAAAUAAACUUGCCUAAGCCGAGAAAAUCAAUGCUAAAGUUUACGUAAAUGAAAAUGAUUUUUUAUCACAUAUAAAACCACCGAUUCGGUAGCGAUUUCCUUUGUCAUUUAUUCAUUUUGAGUUUUUCAAAUUUUUUUAAAAAAACAUGGCAGCCCAUCAUUAAAUUGAUAAUGUAAUAACUAUAAUUUCCUUUCUACUAUAAUCUUCUUUUUUUCACAGGUUGCAAGGUCAAAAAUAAAGUGAGUCUUAUAUCCGAUAUUUACGUCGUAUUUGACCAUCAUGUUAAUUUACACUUUGUAAAUUUUAAAAUGUAAUAUUUCUUUUUCUUAGACAUUCGUCAGAAAAUUCACUGAAAUCCCCGACGAAAAAUUCUCCGAACGACGUAAAGAAAAUUAAGAAAAUCAAGCACGAAAGCAAUUCGAGUGGGUCCCCCAAGCUUGAAAAAGCGAAGAAACCUUCAAACAGUGAUGGAAUUAAGAAAAUCAAAUCAGAAAGUGGCUCAACUACACCGAACAAAUCGGAUGGUGUUAAAAAAAUUAAACCUGAUUCGGGAUCCACUAAAAGUGACGGAAAAGUUAAACUCGAUUCUCCUAAAGUUGACAAUGUGAAAAAAGUGAAGUCGGACAGUUCUAAAACUGAUGGCAUUAAGAAAAUAAAAUCUGAGUCUGGAUUAACAAGUCCUAGUAAAAGUAGUGACGUUAAAAAAAAUAAAAGCGAAAGUAGUUCUUCUCUUAAAAGUGACGGCGUGAAAAAAAUAAAACAUGAAGUUGAAGCGUCUUUAAAAAUAAAAUCUGAUCACGUUUCAAAAACUCCUGACGCUAAGAAGAACAAGGAUUUGCUGUCGCCUAAAUCUGAUGGUAUUAGAAAGGAAAAACACUCCAGUAGUUCCCCAGCAAAGGUCGAUGGCAGUAAAAAAGAAGGAAGUUCUAUUAAAAGUGAAAAAGAUAAACACAAAACUGUCCAUAGUAAAGAAAGCGGGCUUAAAACGCCAAAAACAGACGGAAUUAAGAAAGAGAAACAUAAAACCAGUUCUUCUAAAUCCGAAGGGGUGUCUAAAAGUGAUAAGACUAGUGGGUUAACCUCUCCUAAGGUGGAUGGGGUGAAGAAGGCUAAAGGUAGUUCAGAGUCUGCUAAAGGGGAAACGAUAAAGAAGAGUAAAUCUGAGAGUACGACUAAAGCGAAGGUAGAAGGAGUCAAGAAAGUUAAAACAGAAAAUGGCGGGAAAGAAAAAACAACGACGGAUGAAAGUGAUGCCGAUGAUGUCCCGUUGGUGUGUUCUCAAACAUUUGUAUUCCCUGGGAUAGACAAAUAGUCGAGCACGCAAGCUUCGGUUGUUCGAAGCUGUUUUAGAUUUAAAUUUUAACCCGCUGGUUUGGUUAUUCGUUUAUUUCAGAACUUUAAAAAAUAAUAUUUCCAUUGAUCUAGACAAUAAGAAAAUUAUUUUCUCCAGCCCUAUUCAUUUGAUCUUUUGUAUAUGUUGGAUUUUCUUGUUAGUUUUUUGUUUACAGUCAGGCGUUAAUGACAAUUAUAAUUUCUCACUAAUUCUUGAUCUUUCUCUUUUUAUGGUGCACGGAAAAAUAGGCUGCCAGGUUAGUGUCCAAGCUCAUUAAGUGCAAAGAGAGGAUACAUGUAUAUUCCAUAUUUCUACUAUAUUGCAAUGUAUUCUGUUUUAUUCUAUUGUAUUUUAUUAUUCUAUUGUUGUGUUGUAUUGUAUUGUAUUCUAUUGUUCUAUUCUAUUCUAUUGUAUUCUAUUAUUGUAUUCUAUUGUUCUAUUCUAUUUUAUUGUUCUAUUCUAUUGUAUUCCAUUGUUCCAUUGUAUUCUAUUCUAUUUCAUUGUUCUAUUGUACUGUAUUCUAUUGUUCUAUUGUAUUCCAUUGUAUUCUAUUCUAUUUCAUUGUUCUAUUGUACUGUAUUCUAUUAUUCUAUUGUAUUCAUUCCAUUGUUUUAUAUGUAUUCUAUUUUAUUCUAUUUUAUUCUAUUUUGUUAUAUUGUAGUCUAUUUUAUUAUUUUGUUUGAAUUGUAUUGAUAUUGUGUUUCCCCCUACAUCGUAGAGCUAAAGUCAAGACAGAAUCAAACAAAACAUCACCAAGUAAACAACGCAAGAGGAAAGGCUCCGACAAUGAUGACGACGAUUAUAAACCUUUGGUAGGACUUGUUUUAGACGUAUAUAGUGCAGACUAAAUACAGUCAUUGGCAGCUUUAUAGUCUGUAUUUUUACUGACUUGAUUUUAAACAUGAUAGAAAAAAUUGAAAAAGAAAUCUGAUGUUGGCGGCAAAGACGCGAAGAAAGAGAAAACGAAAAGCAAAGAAAAAGAGAAACCGAAGAAGGGAAAAGAUGGUGAAAAGACGGAAAAAGGAAAGGAGGUAUUGAACUAUAACUUUAUGGUCCAUCAGUUUAGUAAACUGUUCGUCGUAGAGAUCAAUAAUAGUCCAUCAGUUUAGUAAACUGUUGUUCGUGGAGGUCAGUAAUCCCAUAUUGAUCUAGUGGUAUUAAGGGGUUUAAGCUUUACGUUUGAAAGCGAAGACAAACGGCAGAGUCGAAUUUUCUUGGCAGAAUUUUCAUUUAACUUCUUCGCUUCAUAGUUUCAUUCGUAUGUCAAAAAAGUUUUAAAAUAUCAUGUUCGUUUACUCUUUAUUGCCUCAUAGCGUAAUGUUUUCUUUGCCCUUUCUUGGGUCUAACCUGGUCUGCGGUAACCAUAUGUCUUGGGCCCGGUCUAACCUGGACACACCAGUCUGAGUCUUAUUUUUUCUCCACAGGAAAAGAAAGGAAAGGAAAAGAAAGAGGAGGAAGUAUGGAAAUGGUGAGAGAUACUAUCAGAUUUUUUGUUGUUGGAAUCUUUUGACGUUUGGUAGAUUUUGGAAACCUUUGUAUCACCCUCCAUUGUAUCACCCUCCUUGCUUUGCCAAAUGUGGUGCAAGUAUUAAGGUUCUUCACUUUUACAUCUUUAGGUGGGAGGAAGAAAAACUUCCAGAGGGAGUGAAGUGGUUAACACUGGAACACAAGGGUCCAUACUUUCCACCAGAAUAUGAACCCUUGCCUGGCAGUGUUAACUUUUAUUAUAACGGUAAGAUGUGUUUCACGUUUGUUUCGACUCCGUGAUAAUCAGUUCGUUUUAUAACUGUUGCGCUUGAAAAUUUUGAACACCUUAAAAUACCGGGUAAAAAACCUAAGAUAGUGAAUGUAUGGUAGUUUAUGCUGUAUGUAAAACAAUAAAACAUUCAAAAUUUAAAAUUGUUCAAAAAUUUUUAGGGUUAACUACCUUCAGUUCUUUGUCGGUUUGCAUGGCGAUAAUAAUAUUUUUUUUCGUUGUGGAACCACCACGUAUAAAUAUGUACAAUAAUGAUUCCACGUGGACGAAACAGGCUUACUAUAAUAUAUGAUUCCUUACUAUUUCGUGAACCAAAACAUACUGGUAUAGUAAUAAAUGUACGUUGUGUUUCUAUGAACAAAAAACCUUCAUGAAAAUAUUAUUCCUUAUUUUUUUCUCAGGUGAAAAAGUGAAGCUGAGUGUUAAAAGUGAAGAGGUGAGAGAAAUAUUGAUGGCAGUUGCAACAAUUUUAUCUUAAGGCAAAUUUGAGCUCGCAUCAGGGAUUAGCUCUGUCCAGACUUGUCACAACAACUGGGAACAAGCAGUGCGAACACAUCCUGAUGUCGGCUUGACAACAACCUUGUUUCCAGUUCUGUAACAACUUGCGCGUUUUUACAUGUAAAAAAUUGUAGAAUUUGUAAAAAAAUGUUUGAGGAAACUGACUCAGUCUCCUUUCCUCAAACAUUUCGUAGAAAUCUUUCAAAACGUAGAAUUUAUGUAGCUAUGCAAAAUUCCUACUGUAAUCACAGAAACUUUGAUAGUGUAAACUAGGCUUAAGUCUAAGUUCUCUCCAGUUUUCAAAUCGAUCAUUAAUCUUCUAUGUAAUUCCAUGUUAAGGUGGCUGGGUUCUAUGCCAAAAUGUUGGACCACGACUACGCAUCGAAGAAGAUCUUCAACGACAACUUUUUUCAAGACUGGAGGAAGGAAAUGACGGACGAAGAACGAGCGUUAAUCAAACAUUUAUCAAAAUGUGAUUUUAAAGAAUUUCAUGCUUAUUAUGUUCAGGUAAUAAUCGUAACUAUCUGUUCUUGUGCAGGAUAGCUCUAUCAGUUCUAAACUGUUCUCCCUAGAGGUCCAGUAAGGAUCAUCUCUUAUUGAUCCAAUGUUACUACAGGAGGAAACCUAAACUAAACUAACUUUAUUUAUACUGGAUAGCUCUAUCAGUUCUAAACUGUUCUCCCUAGAGGUCCAGUAAGGAUUAUUUCUUAUUGAUCCAGUGUUACUACAGGAGGAAACCUAAACUAAACUAACUUUAUUUAUACUGGAUAGCUCUAUCAGUUCUAAACUGUUCUCCCUAGAGGUCCAGUAAGGAUUAUUUCUUAUUGAUCCAGUGUUACUACAGGAGGAAACCUAAACUAAACUAAAAAGACUUGUUCCAACAACUUGUUAUCGUCCUGCAAUUCAACUAUUCGAAGUUGCGAGUGACAACUUUGUAGCAACUUGAUAAAAUAACAGCAUUGUUUCAACUUGUUGACAAGCUUGCUACAAGCCUGUUGCGAACACAUCUUGUUGACAAGUUGUGAGAUUUUUACGUAAUUACACCACUAGUCUUACACGUCUUUCUAACUUUAGAAAAACGAGGAACGCAAAAACAUGACAAAAGAGCAAAAGCUUGUUAUUAAAGAGAAGAACGAAGCGAUCUUACAGGAAUAUGGCUACUGUAUGAUGGAUGGACAUAAGGAGAGGGUGGGGAACUUUAAGAUUGAACCCCCGGGUUUGUUCAGAGGGCGAGGGGACCAUCCCAAGCAAGGAAAGUUAAAGAGAAGACUUACUGCAAAGGAUAUCAUUAUCAAUAUUGGCAAGUAAGUAGAUACUCUGCUGUUUUUAAGGCGCUGUCCAGCUAGCCGAGUGAAUCGUGUGACGAAAUUUUUUCCUGAUCAUUGAAUGAACUUUAUAUUGUUACUGGAAUCAAACGAAUUUCAAAUUUGAAUGCAACAAUUUUCCGACUCGUUCAUGAGUGUGUGUGUGUGUGUGGGGGGGGGGUCCACCUAGCGCCGUCCUUGACAAUUCGGUUUUCUUUAGAGACGCAAAGGUGCCUGACCCUCCCGAAGGACAGAGAUGGAAAGCUACACAACACGACAACAAGGUUUGUCAAGUAAUUGUAGAUUGAGUUUUGUAGAUGACUUGGAUGGAAUAUUGACAGAAUAUUCCAACACAAAUUUAUAUACAUUUUUGGACGUAACCAGGAACAGUUGCGAAAAAUGAUUUACACAGUACAACUCAAGUUGUAAGCAGGUUGCAUGCGACAGUUUUAGGCAAAAGUUCUGUAGCGUAAAUCUGACUAAAAGAAUGAUAUAUUAUUUUAGGUGACGUGGUUAGCUUGUUGGAUUGAAAAUAUUCAAGGCAGUUAUAAAUACGUCAUGUUGAACCCAACCUCUCGAAUCAAGGUAGGAAUUGUAAAGUAAAAUGUUUACUUGAAAAAGAAUUUUUUUCUAUUUAUUCAAGAUGUUCACGGUGACAAUUCUGUAAAAAGUUUACUGUCAGUGUUGUUUUGUGUAGGGUGAAAAAGAUUGGCAGAAAUACGAAACUGCCCGAAAGUUGAAGGUAUGUAGUCUUAAAUUUCUAACCUGAUUAAUGGAACAAGUUGUUAUCAUCUUGUAACAAGGUUGAUGAGGCCAACAGACUCGCAACAAGUUGUUCCAACAAGUCUGAUAUCGUCUGCAUGUAACAAGUUGUUAACAAGUUGACGACAACAAGCUCGUAGCAAUUUGUUGCGAACAGCCUGUAUUAGUCUUGUUGGAACAACUUGUAGCAAGUCUGUUGCCAUCAUCAACCUUGUAACAAGGUGAUAACAACUUGUUCUACACUUUGUCACAACAACUGGGAACAAGCAGUGCGAAUAUAUCCUGAUAUCGGCUUGACAACAGCCUUGUUACAACUUUGUUUGGGGUUUCGUAACUAUUUGCGCGUUUAUUCGUGUCUACAAUUUUUUCGUGUCAACAUAUUUUAAUUUUUUUAGAACAAAAUCGGUGAAAUUCGCCGGGGUUAUACAAACGACUGGAAGUCAAAGGAGAUGCGAAUAAGACAAAGGUGAGAAAAAUUGUUAUGCUGUAGGUAGAUAUUCGGUGGGAAGAAUGGAUCUAACAAGUCUAUUUCUUUACAGGGGCGUGGCAUUGUAUUUCAUAGAUAAGGUAUGUAUUCGUUUAGAAAAUUUGAGUUACAGCCGGGGAGCAUAUGGUGUUCAGCUUCGGAAAUUUUAACACUUAUAGGACAAGCGAGUUAAACUAUAUCUCAAUUUUAUUUAUUUGCUUCCAAGUACAAGACUACUACUUCAUAUAAUGAAAAGUGAAAUCCUCCUAUACGACUAAUGCUUGAUGUACAUAAAUAUUAUAUACUCUGGGUUGUUGCGAUGUAUCAAUUAUUUUCAUGACUGAUAUAUUUGUAGCUCGCUCUUCGUGCUGGUCAUGAAAAAGAUGAAGAUACCGCUGACACUGUUGGUUGCUGUUCUUUAAGAUAUGAACAUAUUAGUAAGUUUGUUGUUGUUGCUGUUGUUCUUGUGGUGACAGUGAAGAUGGUAAUAAUGAUGGUGUUGUUGCUGCUGUUGUUGUUGUUGUUCUUGUGGUGACAAUGAAGAUGGUAAUAAUGAUGGUGCAGUGUUUCUGUUGUUGCUGUUGUUGUUGCUGUUGUUGCUGUUGUUGCUGUUGUUGUUGCUGUUGCAGUUGCUGUUGCUGUUGCAGUUGCUGUUGUUGUUGCUGGUGUUGUUGUUCUUGUUGUUGCUGGUGUUGUAGUUGUUGUUGCUGUUUCUAUAACUGUUGUUGAUGAUGAUCUCCGUUUAAUCUUGUUUUUGUAUCUCCCAGAACUCCAUAAACAAUUAGACGGCAAAGAAUACGUGGUAGAAUUCGAUUUUCUUGGAAAAGAUUCGAUUCAGUAUCACAAUAUUGUUCAGGUUGAGAAACGGGUGAGUUGCAACUUACAACUAAAAAAGAAACAAUUAAACUGGGCGACAAAUGAGCAAUCUUGUUUAUUUCUCUGCUCUCUAUUUCAGGUUUUUAAGAACUUAGAAUUAUUUAAGCAAGGAAAGUCUGACGGAGAUGAUCUGUUUGAUCGCCUGUCGGUAAGAAUUACAUUUUGAAUUUAACUUUUGUGUCAUUAACGUUUGUGCUUAUAACAUAUUGGAUAGCUCUAUCAGUUCUAAAUUGUUCUUCCUAGAGGUCCAGUAAGAGCGAUUCUUUAUUGAUCCAGUGUUACUACAUGAGGAAACAUAAAGUAACUUUACUUAUACUGGAUAGCUCUAUCAGUUCUCAACUGUUCUUUCUAGAGGUCCAGUAAGGAUCAUCCCUUAUUGAUCCAGUGUUCUUAACCUUGUUUUCUUGUAUUUUUAGACAACAUCUUUGAAUAAAUACCUCUCAGAGUUAAUGGAAGGCCUCAGCGCGAAGGUGUUCCGUACAUAUAACGCCUCCAUGACAUUACAAGAUCAGUUGAAUAAACUGGAAGUCGAAGAUAAUGUCGCGGCUAAUGUACUGGGAUAUAACCGAGCUAACAGAGCUGUCGCUAUUUUAUGUAACCAUCAGGUGAGUUUUGGGGGGAAGGUGAAAGGUGGUAUUUAGGAGGGGAAGAAAAGAGGAAAGGAAGGCCCUUGGGCGAUGAGAAUCAUAGGAAGGGAUAGAGGAAGAAGAAAUGAAGAAUGGCGAGAGGAAGGAAGAGUGAAUCAUGGGAAGGGCUACAAAACCUAAAAUAAUUCAAAUCUAUUGUAAUUUUUUUAGCGUUCAGCACCUAAAACGUUUGAACAAUCCAUGUCAAAUCUUCAACAAAAGGUGGGCAGACAUUCCUAGAAUGUUGUGAUUAUUAGCGAUUAAAUAGUAAUGUUGUGUUGUCGUCCUAUCAUUGACUCUGACUGUUGUUUAUGUCCAUGUUUUCCUUUACCCAGAUUGAUGACAAAAAGAAGGCUAUUAAAGACGCAAAAAAUGAACUGAAAGAUCUGAAACACGAGUCUAAAGGAAGCGAUUCAGUCACCUUAGCAAGGUACUACAACAAACAUGCUUUCUGCCAGGUUUCGUAGAUGGAAAUUUAUACAUUGAUUAGAGCUAAUUAGAAACUGCAGGUCCUUUGGCAGUGGCGUGACGCUCAUUGGGUAGGGUUAGUUCAAAAACUAAGGCCUCCCGACAGUUAGGGGCCCCCAUCAGUCACGACCUAUCGCCCAGAAAAUUAGAAAAUGUAAAAAAUGCAGGUUAAGAAUAAAUGGGAAGAUUCUAGAACAUCAGUCUAUAAAUAUUCAAUAUCAAUAUAAUAUCUCAGUCAAACAAUGACAACAGUCAACAGGGGCCCCCACACCAAGGGGCCCCUCUUCCCCCGUUAUGCCACUGCCCUCUCGCAGGAAUCGAACCUACGGCCCUGUGAUUCCGGUGCAGCGCUCUAAAGCUGGAGUAAUACGAGCAACAAAAUUGCUGCAACUUGCAACAAAAUCUGAUUUCAACGCAUGUUAAGUAGAAAUGUCAGUCGACACAUGUUGCCUCGUGAUUUGUAAUGUAUGUGUAAACAUUUUCAAUUAACAUGCGUAGAAAUCAGAUUUUGUUGCAAGUUGCAGCAAUUUUGUUGCCCGUAUUACUCCAGCUUAAGCAACUCGGCUACAGAGGCCAGUUGUCGAGCUCUACCCUCAAGUUCAUGUCUAUAUAUCCUAAGGCGAUGCCAAUGUGAGAUGUAUGGGUAAUUAUCAAAAUGUGAAGAAUGAAAAGUUUUUGUAAUUCGAUUUUUUUCUCUCCAGGAAACUCGAAAAGAAGAAGUCAUCAAUAGACAGACUACAGGAACAAUUAUUUAAACUUGAAGUCUCACAGACUGACAAGGUAUUUUAGUUGUUAUAGAUUUUCAUUGUCGUUUUAGAAUACGUUCUUUAUUUCCUCCUCUUAUUUUUUGUGUAGAAUGAAAAUAAGGAAAUCGCGCUUGGGACGUCAAAGUUAAACUACCUUGAUCCAAGGAUAUCAAUUGCUUGGUAAGAUAUUCCUUCGUUGUUUUUCAAUAACAAUUCGCUCGUUUCAUUUGACGUCGCAUCCACUCAAGUGGGGGUCAAGGAUCUGUGUCAAGGACGUCUUUUAAUAUUGUGAUAUAUAGGCUUUUAUAAUAGUCGGAGAAUUCAUUUCUCUGACAGCCAUUUAACGUUUACACUAUCAAAGUUUCUGUGAUCACAGUCUCAAACAUUUCUUACAAAUCCUUCAAAAGUUAGAAUUUAACUAUAAAAAUUCCUACUGUGAUCACACAAACUUUGAUAGUGUAAACACCAGUCUUGAAAUUAUGCUAAAACAUCUGUUCUCCCUGAAGAUCCGGUACAGAGCAUCUCUUAUAUUGGUCCAUAAAAAAUCCCGACUGUAUCAAUUAUAAACAAUUCGUUGCAGGUGUCUCAAGAAUGAUGUUCCUAUAGAAAAGAUCUAUAAUAAAACACAACGUCAAAAAUUCGCCUGGGCUAUCGACAUGACUGAAGAAGAUUUCGUGUUUUAA